AUGUCGAAUCCGCCAAGUCGCAGUUCAUCAGGAAUACUUGCUGAACCAGCAGCGAAUCCGGCGGCAUCAUCCUAUGUAGAACAACCUGAUCGACCAUUACUUUACAAGGCACAAGAAGAUUUAACUUCAUUGACAUCUCAUGCAGAUGAAAACAACGAAAAUGAAGCGAUCGCCCCGUUAGUUUCUUCGAUUUAUGGUGAACAAAACGAAUGUAAGACAACAAAAUUAGAAACAUUAAUGCAUAUCAUCAAAGGCAAUAUUGGCACUGGAAUUCUGGCUUUUCCAUACGCUUUAUCGAAAGCUGGAAUACUUUUUGGUCCAAUUGCUUUUUGGAUUAUGGGUAUAAUGACAUUGUAUUGCAUGCAUCAACUUCUUCGAUGUCAUGAUCAUUACCAAGAUCGCAUAUCACGACAAAAAUGUGAUUUUGGAGAUGUUAUGCGAUAUACAUUAGCAACGUGCCGUUGGCGAUGUGUUCAUCGUUACGCAAAACUUGGAAAAUUCAUCAUCGAUGGGUUUAUUGUCGCGACACAAUUAGGGUUCUGCGCAGUGUACUUCGUAUUCGUACCCGCUAGUAUUAAACAGGUACUUGAUCAUUUCUUCACUCACAGUCCGCCGAUUCAAGUCUACCAAAUCUUCAUGCUGGCACUCGUCAUCGGCUUUUCAUUCAUACGAAAUCUGAAACUUCUGGCACCAUUUUCACUCGCAGCUAAUAUAAUCACUAUUGGCGGAUUAAUUGUCAUCAUGCAAUAUAUCGUUCGCGAUCUCCUUCCGGUAAAAGAAUUCCCAUUGAUCACGCCAUCGGCCGAGUGGCCGGUGUUUUUUGCUACUGCUAUGUAUGUUUUCGAAGGAAUCGGCUUGGUUUUACCGAUCCAACAAAAAAUGAGAGAACCUGAAUCUUAUCGUGGCCUCUUCGGUGUACUGAACAUUGGCAUUAUUAUUGUUACGACUCUCUACUUCUUUGUUGGAUUAUUCGGUUAUCUCCGAUAUGGAGCUGAUGCGCGUGGUUCAAUUACACUCAAUUUACCGAAUGAUCAGAUAUUAUAUCAAUUUACGAAGAUUAUGUAUGCAAUAGCAGUAUUCUUAACAUAUAAUCUACAGUUUUAUGUGCCAUUUUCACUUCUCUGGCCUCGACUUUCUCGUAAAGUUCUUUAUAAAUAUGGUGAAGACACGAUUGAAAAAUUCGAACAUGCCUUUCGUAUUGGACUCAUCUUUAUCACUUGUAAGUUUAUUAUCAAAUCAACUUUCACCAUUCANGACAUUGGUGUUUUAUGUAAAGAUUGGUUUUCUAAUAAAAUAUGUAGUACAUCGUUAACUUCAUGA